UUGUUUAUGUGAAAUUGGAGAGAAUGAUAAACAGUAAAUACUAUUUUAUUGCCUUUGGUUUCAUUGUUGGAACAGAAAUACUAUACAGGUGUGUGAAAUAUAUUGUUAAAAGAGAAACAAGAAAAGCAGAUAUCAUGAAGAAGAGAAAUUACACAAAAGUAAUUUUUUUUCCAGAUAAGGGUAUAACCUCAAAUGGUGUUUAUCAGGAUGUAAAACCAGUUUCAAUACCAUGGCAGGAGCUAUCUCCUGCCAUGAAAAAUAAUGAUAUGCAUAAACACAUUGCAGCAACAGUAGGAAAACAGUCUUCCCAUCUUCAGGGGGAAGCCAAGAUGGAGUUUGAUCAGAUGGAAGUGAAUGGUCAUGAGAUGGAAAUAAUUGAUGAAGUCCCCUAUGAGCAAAUGAUUGAGAACCCAUUUCUUGUACCAAAAGAACAGAUGAAAAGUAAGAUGAAAUCUAAAAAGUACUCACUAUUAUCAUGUAAUAAAGAAAAUACCACAUGUUAUCAGGAAAAUUCAUCAAAAGACAGCUGCAAUACUAGCUUCAGUGAAAAUCCAUUUGGUUUUCCAGUUCAUUCUGCAGGAAAUUCCAUCAAUAGGAAAAAGCAAGAAGUGGCCAUAGAAGAAAAGUUAAACUCUUACAGUAAACACAAAGAAAGUGAAUACAAGAAAUAUCUAAGCCAAUUUCACAUUGAUGGAAGACAGCAGCCUACUAGAAAUGGCAAGGAUGAACAGUUUAUCUCCAGUGUUUUGAGGAGAAGCACGUCUUUAGUUCAUAUGGUAAAUGCAAUCUUGUCAGCCAAGAAAUCAGUGGUAAUAUGUGUGUAUGUUUUUACAUGCAAGGUGCUAGCACAUGCAGUCAUUAAAGUUAAGCAGCGUGGGGUAAAUGUACGCGUACUAGUGGAGAAUCAAAUGAUCAAUAAUAGUAUAGAAGUUAUAAAACUACUUCAGAGUCAUAACAUCCUUGUAUGGUGCAGUCAGUCCACAUAUCUGAUGCACCACAAAUUUGCUGUGAUUGAUGGCCCAAUGCUGAAUGAAAUACAAGGGGUUAGGAAGAUUGAGCCUUUAGGCUGUACAACUCUAACAUUUAAAAAGAUGUUCUGUCUUUCUGGACUGACUCGUAAAACAGUGACAGAUGAACAGGAUGGCCAAAGAAGAGCCAGUUCCGAUGUCUCAAGGGAUGUGGAAAAUGGCCACUCCGACUGGGCUGGAGAUGGUGUGCUGAUGAAUGGAUCGUUUAAUUGGACCUGGGGAGCAGUAAUAGGUAAUAAUGAGAAUGUUGUAAUCACAAAUAAUCCUGAAUUAGUGUGGCAUUUUGCUGGAGAAUUUGAAAAUAUGUGGAAAGCAGCUACAGUUCCGUCUCGGAAUGAUAUGAAAAUUAGGAAGUAGAUGCUGCUAUUUAUUGAAUAUCCAUUCCCAAAACAAACAGGAGUUUUGCAUUCAAAAUGGAUUAAUGCUGUAAAUAGAUUGACUUUUCAAAUUGUCUCCACAUCCACAAUUGCAAUUUGAAAAGUUAUUGUGUAGGUGUUGCUGUGAAAAUAAUUUAUUGGUAGAAAUUCUAAUACUUUAUCUAUUCCUAAUAUUUUUUUGUAAACAACUUAUGCUGGAUAAUUUCUCGGGCAUUUUUUAAAGUAAUGUACUAUUUUGCCUGUUUUUUUUGUUUUUGUAUUUCUUUUGUAAGCAUAUAUACCAAGAGUUACUUCUGUUGAAAUUAUUAAAACUAAUUAUAUGGAAUGAGGAUCUAGUUCAAUAUCAUUUACUCAUUAUUUUUGCAAGGAUGCUGACACUCGAACAAUGGUGUUACUUUUUAACAUAAGUUUAAGAAAUGAACAGCACUGUUGCAGAACUAAUUCUCUCUUUCUCUCUCUUUCUUUUUUCUCUCUUUCUCUCUUUCUCUUUCUCUCUCUCUCUCUCUCUCUCUC